CCAUAGAGCUAAAACGAAAGCACGUACUUCAGCGACCGUUGGUUUAUAAACUGCGAUUGGUCGAUAUUAUGGCAUAAACUCGAUUAUCAUUGGCCAUAUAUUGUCCGGGAACGAGGAAAAUUUAGUUGUAAACGAGGCGCGUGCUUGAAGGACAACGCAGGACUGAAAACAAGCGUGCACCUUUUCAGCACCGAUCCUCGUGGAUAGCGGUACAGGGCCAUUCCACCAAUUAAUCAGACCAGACAAGCGUGGGGAUACGAGCUGCAUCGGUUUCUUCGAUAAUCAUAGAGCUACCACAAUUGUGUUAUUCAGCCAAGCGGCUGCCGUGUUCACUGGGUAGUAGCUGUUGAGUUCCAUGAGCGGUGGAUUCGAAGCAAAACGGCACAAGCUUUGUUUGCCCUAAGGGCUGCAAGUGCAAGGAGCCAUAGCUAGUACUGCUACCAGUAUUGUUUUUAGAAGGGAAGAAACUGUGGUGCUCAUUGUGAUUCAACGGGUUCUUGGAUCGAAAGGGACCAGGAAUAACGGCCUGCAAAUGAAGGGAAGCAAGUGGAAAUCGAGUAAUUAAUCGACCACUAAAAGAACAGCUGUAAUCGUGGUGUUAGAUUUUUUUUUAGCCACAUUGCUUGUUCGUGUAGCUGCACUCUAUUGUAUGAGCAUCUUUGUAUUAUUCGCGUCAAUCUCUGACUAGGAUCCCGCGCUCUCGUUCGCCCGCCCGCCACCCUCUCGGCCACAGCUGUGUGUAUUCUGUACUAUUUUCAAUCGGCACGACACAGUUUGAUACAAAUAUGUGUUCUCGGGUUUGGUUUGUGACCGACCGGCGUAUCCACCAGGAGUAUCCGCAAGUCCAGAUCCUUCGGGCUCUGAAACAGCGAUGCGCCGAGGAGGAUGUUGAAUUCCGCUCACUUCUCAUGGACCAAAUCGUGCUCACCAUCAGUGAGGGACAAUUAGGUCUGCGGGUGGAGCAGGAGGUGGUGACGUCCUACCCUCAGGUGGCGGUGGUGCGGGUGCCCACCCCCUGGGUGCAGUCGGACAGCGACAUCACGGUUCUGCGCCACCUGGAGAAGAUGGGCUGCAGGCUGGUCAACCGGCCCCAGGCUAUCCUCAACUGCGUCAACAAGUUCUGGACCUUCCAGGAGCUGGCCGGCCACGGGGUCCCCCUCCCAGACACCUUCUCUUACGGAGGACACGAGAACUUCCGCAAGAUGAUCGACGAGGCGGAACCGCUGGGCUACCCCGUGGUGGUGAAGAACACUCGUGGCCACAGAGGAAAGGCAGUGUUCCUGGCCAGGGACAAGCACCACCUGGCUGACCUGAGCCACCUGAUUCGCCACGACGCUCCCUACCUCUUCCAGGAGUACGUGAAAGAGUCGCACGGUCGCGACGUCCGGGUGGUGCUGGUGGGCGGCCGUGUCAUUGGCUCCAUGCUGCGCUGCUCCACCGACGGACGCAUGCAGAGCAACUGCUCCCUGGGCGGCGUGGGGAUGAUGUGCCCGCUGAGCGAGCAGGGCAAGCAGCUGGCGGUGCAGGUGUCCAACAUCCUGGGCAUGGACGUGUGCGGCAUCGACCUGCUGCAGCUCAACGACGGCUCGUUCGUGGUGUGCGAGGCCAACGCCAACGUGGGCUUCAUCGCCUUCGACCAGGCGUGUGGCAUGGACGUGGCGGGCAUCGUGGCCGACCAUGCCCUCUCGCUGCUGCCCAGCCGCCUCACGCGCAAGAUGUCGCUGCUCUCGGUGGUGUCCAGCGCCAGCGAGACGAGCAGCGAGCCCGAGGUGUGCCCGGCAGUCAGCAGCGUGCUGCCCGAGGCCGUGUGCAACAUGAGCGUGGGCUCUACUUCUAGCGAGAGCGACCCCGAGCUGGCCGAUACCACCCCUCAGCCCCCGAGCCGUCAAGCUGGCCCCAGCCCGGUGCUACCCAACCUCCCCGACCCGGCCUACAACUUCAACACCCUCCUUGCCAACGAGAUAAAAUUAUUGACUGAGUGAGCUGGACACAGCCAAGGCACGCACGCACACUCACACACACUCAAAGACACACACACACACACACACAGACACACACACUUACAAACACACACCUGAACAUUUGGCGGUGGACAUUCCUGUUGCAGAGCACAAACACAAACUCCAAUACACGUUACACAGGCAGGAUGUUACAUGCAAAAGCAUGAGCUGAACAAACAAAAAUGUAAUGAAAAAUGCUAUGACCACAUAAACUGACAUGACGAACAGAUGUAGACGCACGCGCCUUCUCAUACUAACUCCCCCCAUAAACACAUAGAGAUCUAAGGCUGCUCCCCUGACUCUUCUCCUCUUCUCCCCCACUGCAAACAACCCAGUUAGUUUACAACUGCAGUUGGUGGCAGAAGUGGGAUCCAGAAGGUUAGCUGAAUUACGGAAUCUUUUUGUUUUCAAUUGCUUUGUGAGGGUGAGUUGAGCAAGAGUGUUUUUUUUUGGGAGAACCCUAAAGAGCGUUACAUACACCAGCACAUAGUCAACGGAAAUCUGUCCAUCUUAUUGAGCGAGCACACACUACAAAACUGUAUGUUGGAGAAUGAGAUUGAUGCGUGGUCGUCGUUGUAGAUCAACCACUGAGGACGUAGCCAGGCUUGAUUUACUGUUGGUGAAAUGAAUUGUUUUGCAUGGGAUUUUCUCCAUGACCGGGAGAGGGGUACACACAGAGGACUAGAUAGACUGCCCACCAGCUCCAUGUAGCAGAGGACAGACAGGUUACACUGUCACGGGGACUAUUAAGUGCAGAUUGGGGCCAAUUCCAUCUUCUACCUCAGUUAAUUCUGGAAAUGGGAUGAUUGAAAAUCAUAAAAUACAAAUCGACAUCACAUUUCAUUUGCAUUCAAUUCAUGAAUUGUCUGGAAUCAAAAUGGAAUUUCACCCCCCCCCCCCCCCCCCCCCUAACGCUGACGAGGAGCUCCUAAACACUGGAUCUAUGGUCUGACUUCCCUUCCCCUAACUCUUAAUUGAAGAUAUCAGAACAUCUUAAAGCUCAUUAGAAUAACAAAACUGACAUAGGGACAUUGCUUAGGGGCACCUUGUAGAGUAACAACACUACACUAUUUCCUGUUAAGAGAAUGCAUCUAGAAACACAUAAACAUAGGUCAAGCACAAUUGACCCAAAAUCGAGCCUGCAGUCACUCUGUUUUCAAUGUCAUGUUUUUAGGGGCUUGUUUUUAUUCGCUUUAAAAAAUAAAUAAAAAAAUAAGCUUUUUACAGGAACAAUAGUCAAACGAAGACACGGUUUAUUUUUCUUCAUUUUAUAGUUCUCGGGAAGAAAGUUGGAUCCGUCUAGGAACAGUGAGUUACAGUGCGGAAGCUGUCACUACACCUACAAGAAUAAUAUACCUCAAAACAGAACUUCUCACUGCCAUAGAAUAAACUACUUUGAGUCAUACAUAUCUGCCAGCAUCCUUGUGGUUUCAAGUGAGCCUUGACUUUGCAAGCUUUGAUCCAUCCAUAGGAUGUAAAUAUAGUCAAGUAAAUUGUUUGUAAAUAAUAAUUUUAGAAGCGUUUAUGCUUACUAGUAUCGGGCUGAAAUGAAAAUCCUAGGGGCUGAAAUAACUGUAAACUUUCUAAACUUAAACAUUUUGGUAAGCUAUUGUGUACAACAGAUUGGUUUGUACGGAACAUGCAAUGUCAAAAAUAAAGUUUUAACAAAGAACAUGCGUGCUAACAUUUCUGUGGAUUUGGCUAAAUGCGGUUAAUCAGCCUAAUGUUUUGGCCGAUGACAAAUUACUGUUUAUUCUUCUCAAGUGAGCUAAACUUCAUAAACUUGUUGUACAAAUAAAAUGCAAAACAAUACUAUCUUUUUUUACAGUGUGUUUGAUAGAAUGUUACCGUUUCAUUCCUCAAAAGGAACACUUCUCCAGGGAUACCUGUGGCCUAGAGCUUCUCUCUUGAGCUGUUGGUUAAUUGCGGUAAAUCUUCUACCACUCAGCCUUAAAAAAAUACCUAUCCACUACGUAUCAACUCUGGGGCAUCCGCCAUCAACCAAAAAGCAUUCGCAGCAAUCAUCCAAAGCACAAGCCACCCUACUUUGUGCCACUUAGUGACUAGCCAUUAUUGUUGAGGUCCAUAACCCAUAUGUAGAAGGCUUCUAUGUCAAACAGUUGAUUCUCAAACAUAACUCAGGGAAGCAGCCUUGAUCUCAUCCCCACUCCUAAGGCAUGUGACAUAUCCAUCCUAGCUACAGAUCUGCCUAAAAUGUGUAUUGAUGACAAACAAAAAAAUAAAUGUUAAACUAUUAAAAAAUGUGGUGUACCAUGAAGGUUAACGUGCACUUUUUUUCCCCUUGCUUGUUUUAUGAUGUUCAGUGUUUUUUCCGCUAAUCUAUGGUAUUUUUUAAGGAAAAAAGUGGUUUGUGUGCACUAAUCUUGUCUCAAAUAAAGUGAGGCCGCUGUGAAGCUUGA